AACAACACCUCACUCUCUCAGACUGCCUUGAAGUUCCUUAUAUAUCAGGUUUCACCACAGCGGAAUGAACCACCAACUAUUCUGGAACGGACAAAGGUGUUGCUAGGAUGUGGCCAUUUAAGAAAAAAUCUAAACAACCUUCAUCCCCAGAGUAUGAGACGGCCUGGAGGACCAUGGAUUGGAAUGAUAAACAAAAACUUCUGACAACAAUUAAAAAUUUCCAACCUGGCAACCCAGAGGUCGACACUCUGAAAAUUCUUCUGCAUGGACCAGUCGGUGCUGGAAAAUCCAGCUUCUUCAACUCUCUGGAUAAUGCUCUACAGGGCCGCAUCACUAGCAGAGCCUUGGCACAUUCAGUCCAAACUGAUCGAAGUUUCACUGUCAAGUACCAAACCUACAAACUGAAAAAGGAUGGAUUUGGCUCUUACUUACCACUGACUUUCACUGACAUUGCCGGAAUGCAGAGUGAACAUGGGGGAAUAAGUACUGCCGACAUCAUCAAAUUAUUAGGUGGUCACAUCAACAGUGGAUAUAUUUUUAACCCAAAUAGUUCAAUUACUGAAGAUGAUCCAAAGUAUAACAAGGAACCCAACCGAAAAGACAGGAUUCACUGUCUGGUGGCUGUUCUUCCUGCUAAUACUGUUUCUAUGACAGAUGAUGACAUAAUAAGGCAAAUGAAAGAAGUUCGGGAGAAAGCACGAGACUUGGGCAUUCCUCAAGUCAUAAUCAUGACCAAAGUGGAUGAAGCAUGUCCACUAGUCAAAGACGAUCUACAGAAGAUCUACACAAGCAAAAAAAUAAAACAAAAGAUGGUGGAGUGUUCUGUCAAGCUGGGAGUUCCUGUGAGCUUCAUUUAUCCUGUGAAAAACUACCAUGAGGAAAAUGCCAACAAUGUCAAAAUGGAUAUUCUGAUUCUGGAUGCACUGAAAAAUAUUGUUAACUUUGCUAAUGACCAUGUGGAGGACAAAAUAGUCAGUGGAGAAGAUCCCUGAAAUCAGAGGUCUUGGGCUGUGUAGGAUGUUUGUCAGUUAUGUUUCUUGUUAGUGAUAGUGGUAACACAAUAACAGUGCAUGAAUAAUGAUGUAUUAAUAUGUAUAUGUAAUAUGUAAACUGAACAUUACUUUAUUAUAAAUAAAUGAUGUGUUAAUGCAUGCGCUAAUCAUGAACUAACUUUAACUACAACAUUAUUCACAUGAGUUCAUGUCUGAAUAGGCUACCUUAAUUACUUCUUAGGAUGCUGUUAAUUAUUGUAUUAACUAACAUUUAAGUUUAAGCAACAUGAACUCAUGAACUGUUAAUGUAUAAUAAUGUGAUGACUUUACUUUACAUCACCAUUAACUCAUCCUUAACUACUCAUCAACUCCUGUGUUUAAACUGUUCAUGUUGAUGUUGACAGAACCCUUUUCUAUUGUUAUUCAGUGUAAACGCACUAGACAAACGUGCAUAAUGAGUUCAUGAGUAGUCAAGAAUGGGUUAAUGAUAAUGUGUCCCUC